AUGGUACGGAUCUGGGCCGUCGAUACGGGUACUCUGCAGCGCACAAUCGAAGCCGAAACGCGGACAUUGAGUUUUGAUCCAUUGGGCGACAAGAUUAGGACAGACUCGAGGAUAUUCGAUCUUCAAAGCCAGUCUCGGGCGUCUCAAGAUCCACAGGAUGUCCCUUUUGGUCCAGAGUAUAUUCAAGAGACUUCUUCUCUUGUCGCGAGUUCCGUAGCGCUUGGCAUUUCGAAUGAUCGCACAUGGAUCACUCACAACUCUGAACGUGUUAUGUGGAUUCCCCCAAUCCAUCGCCCGGAAUCCCACGACGUGUUUGAGUCUACCAUAGCCCUCGGCGGUGUCUCUGGGCAAAUCACUAUUUUGCGCUUUUCGGAGUCUCAUUUGAAUGCGUUCCUGUCUUAA